AUGUCGGCAACCAAGAGGAUUAUAGUUUUCGGCGGCAAUGGCUUUGUAGGAUCGAGGAUAUGCAGAGCCGCCGUAGCUAGGAACUGGGACGUCACAUCAAUCAGCCGCUCCGGCGAACCGCACUGGUCCAGCGUGACCUCGUCUGCAUCACCCCCCUCAUGGUCCAACAAAGUCGCCUGGGAACGCGGUGAUAUCUUCCGUCCAGCCCAAUGGGUCUCCCUUCUCCGAGGUGCCGAUUACGUCGUGCACAGCCUGGGGAUCCUCCUCGAGGCCGACUACAAGGGCGUCAUCUCGGGUCGGGAAUCGCCCUUUUCCGGCCUCGCCAAGGCCUUCAACCCGGCCAAGGGCGCCCACUCGCCCAACCCGCUGGAGCGCAUCCGCGAGGGGGAGAAGGAGCCCAUCGAGCCGCCCCCGUCGGCCAGUCAGCUCACGUACGAGAUGAUGAACCGGGACAGCGCAAUCCUGCUGGCCAAGGAGGCGGCCAGGGAAAAGGUCAAGGCGUUUGGAUACAUGUCGGCCGCGGGGGGCGCGCCGGUGCUGCCGAGCAGGUACAUCAGUACCAAGCGGGAGGCAGAGGCCGUCGUGGCCAGGGAGUUCCCCGAGAUGAGGGGCGUCUUCAUCCGCGCGCCCUUCAUGUACGACAGCUCGAGGAAGAUUACGGUUCCCCUGGCUGCGUUGGCCAUGGCGGGGUCGGUGUUUAAUGGGCUGACAGGAGGGGUAAUGAAGGGCUUCCUGGGCAGCGCGGCGGCAAAGCCUCUCAAGGCGGAUCAAGUUGCCGAUGCCAUGGUGGAGGCGCUGUCUGACGAGAGUGUAGCCGGGCCGGUGGAGGUGCAGCAGUUGGAGGAGUUGGCGAAUAGGGGGUGGCGGAAGACGAUGCUCUAG